CGAAAAUUUCCCGCCAUAUUUGCAAACAAGAACCAAGCCAAAUAUUUCAACUUGAAACGACGACUGACAUUCAAAAGUAAAGCUAUGGUACAGGAAUUUAUGAUUCUCCGAUGCUUUUCUUGCACUACCUUCCAAGUCCACCAAGUAAGAAUUGUUUGUAUUUUUGCAAAUUCCAACUUGCUGUCAUCAAUUUCCAAAUCAAAGAUGACGAAUUAAAGUUUUGAUGAGUAUCCUCCUAAACAGUCCUAAAACAUCAGCUGGCUUAUCUAGAAUUUCCUUAUUAAGUUUAUAUACUAGUUGUAAACUUAACAAAAAGAUAUAGCUCGAUACCUUUCCCUACAACUCAGCUCGGCUGUUGACCAGCUAUGAUUCUGGAUAAGUUUAGCAAUGGCAAUAAUUUUUGUUCGUUAAAGUUACAACUACUUAAACUAUGAUUGUUACCAGGUUAAGAAGAGCAAGAAGUGGAUUUGUAAAGUUUGUGGAGAAAAGCAGUCCAUCAAAAAGAUUUAUGGACAGGGCAGUGGCCAGGAUUGCCGCAAGCAUGUUCAGGAAUUAAAUCUGAAAUGCGGAGAAGCUCAAGCAGUAAAAGACCUAACAGCAUGGGACUGUCAUGACAACAAUGGUUAUGGCGAUGUCUCUGAAAACAUGCAAAGUGCAGGCGACAUUGCAGUCAAUGGCAGAAACCCAACUUGUGAAGACAGUACGACUGGAUACAUGUAUAAGCCCCCUACCGUAGAGAGUAAAUGGAAAAUGUUCUUGGAGAAUAUGUCUUCCUCUGAUGACAAUGGUAAAUGGAAGUUUAUUUUAGCAUUGACUUAAAGUUUGCAUGUUAUUGGAGGAGCCAAACAAUCUGAGAGCCAGCGAGCCAUGCAAUUUGUGCGCGCCUUAGGAAGAAAAAUACCGUAAAAUUCCGAAAAUAAGCCCCGGGGCUUAUAUUUUUCAAAGGCCCUUUUUGAGGGGCUUAUAUUCACUGGGGCUUAUGUAUGGAGGGAAAUUUACAUUUCAAAGUCAGUUGGGCUAGCCUUACUCUUGGAAGGAAAUUUACUGUAUUUCUUUGUUUUACUUUGUAUUUGAGGGCAAUUUCCAAGUCCAAGCCUCCGGGGGUAUAUAUUUGGGGGGUAGGAAUUUAAUGGAAGGUUUUUAUGUUACAAGUUUGGGGGGCUUCUAUUUGGAGGGGCUUAUUUUCAGAAUUUUACGGGACUGAUAUUUCGUCGGGGGGGGGGGGUGGUCAGAAAAGUGUGGUGUAUCAAAACUUUACCCCUUCCCCCCAAAAUAAAUGAUAUGAAAAAUAUCAUAUGAAAAUUGUACCCUCCUUGGCAAUAACGAUUUUUCAAAUGGAUCCCUCCCCUUCCCCCUCCCCCAACCCCUUCUAGACCAAGCCUCUUCUUCCGUCCUUGGGCAUUGGUCUCAUAAGCUAUAAGAUACCGGCAGUUGGCAGCGUAGAACAAGAUUUGAAGGUGUACGGUGGGGAAGAAAAGUUAGUGUGCCAAAGGUGCCCUAAAGCUGGGCGAGUCUGGGGGCAUGCUUCCCAAGAAAAUCUCUAAAUUGGGGGUCUCCGAAAUGCCAUCUCCUGCAUUUUCUGCAGGACAUUUUCAGUAAAUAAAGAAGAAGGAAAAUGCAGUAAUUAGUUGUUUAUUUUACCCAUCUAUCUCUAGUGUUAUUGGCAAGGUACAGUCUGUUUAGGGCAAAAAAAGGUAAAACAGUGGCGCCAUCAAGGACGUUACAAGCAAAGGGCAAGAUGUUACUCUUCAGACAAGCAAACUCUGUUUUAAUGCCGUUAAUAUCAAUUACGUCCUUGUACUUGUGUAUGUGCAGAAUUGAAAGAGAGCUCAAUCUCUCAUCUGUCAUGGUCCUUCGUAAAGGAGUUUGCUACACUCAGCUGUGCAUGUUGACACAGGAUAAGUCAACAAAGUUAUGAGAGCUACAAUAUACUCGGGGAUAGAAUAAUUGUAGUUAGCUUGGUCAAAAGUCUCAACCAAGGUCUGUGGCUUCACAUUCGGAUCCAUUUCACUCCACUGUGUCAGUCAAUAAAGGAAAUCCUAACAAAAAACACCAAUAUAAUGUGAAAUAUUAAUCCCAAUUAAAUGAUAAAAAUGCUUUCAGGAAAUAAAAAGAAUCUAUUAUAUUUUUUCCAGAUUUCAGCUGUAUGCAUAUAGGCAUAUGUGCAUUCCUGGUUGACCCCCCAAAAUCAAGCCUCUCAGAAAAUUGUACCCCGCCUCUUACAACCCCCCCCCCUGGAAUGUAAUAAACGAUCAUUCCCUUAGUUCCCUAUGGCUACGUGAGGUUUUACUGCUGGAAUAUUUGCUGAAUUAUGUAGUCUUGGUCAACUUUCAUUGAUUGGGGUUAAGCUCUCAUUUUACUGACUAGGGUUAAGCAGUCCUCUUAUGGAUUAAGGUUCAGGGCUCGAAAUUAAAAAAAUCCUCUGGUCGCCUUUUGGCGACCAACUGGAGAAAUAUAGUCGCCAGAUACAAAUUUUUAGUUGCCAGUUCAUAUAAUGUAAAUGACGCAGCUCUCAGGGCUUCUGAUAUUUCGUGCCGUCCGCGAAAUUUACAAAAACACGCAAAAUACCGCAAAAUUCGGUAGAAAUCUUACCAAAUACAUGUCUUUACAACAUAUUUGAAACUUUUCUCAGCUAUUGGGGCUAUUUACUUGCCGUACACUUGUAAAUUUAUCUUGAAACUUCGUCACUGAAAACAACGUCCCGUUGUCACAGUGAUAUGUGUAUCCCCGUGAUAUGUGUAUCCCCAUACACAUAUCCCUAGUGAUAUGUGUAUCCCGGGUGGGGAUACAAUAAACACUGAUGCUCAUCCACGACACAAUAAGGAAAUUUCUUCUCUUGGUUAAGGAAAUGUCGUAGAUAUCAUCUAACAUAACUAGUAACACAACUAGAGUUAAGACAGGAAUCAAACAACAUGCAAAGGUGGAAUAUUGUGGCGCUCGCAGAACGGAUACACAUAUCGCAGACCCAGUGCAGAGAUAUGUGUAUCCCCCGUUUUUUCUUCUCUUGCUAAAGGAAAUAUCCUCCAUAUAAUCUAUCAGAACAACUAGUAAUACAACUAGGUUUACAGGAAUCAAACAACUGAAAAGGCGGAUUAUUAUGGUGCUUGCACGGGGGGAUACACAUAUCACUGGACCAGCGCAGAGAUAUGUGUAUCCACUCUCUAUUAAUUGACUUUUCGAGUUAUCCCUUGCUGAAUGAAAUUUUGUCAGUCAUACUUAUUUAACGCGACUAGUGACAUAUGAAUUAUAAUCACGUUGGGUAAGGAGAGGAGCGAGAACGAAUGUUUACAUCAACAUUGCGGCCCACGAAGAAGUAAACUCGCCAGAGACAGCUUUGCGAUUAUUUUGCCUCGAAUCGUUGCUCUUUUGUCGAUUGUGUUGCUCGUAAUCUUGAAUCAUUUGUAGUCCCUUUGACGAUGAUUCGCAAAAUUCACAACAACAACAGAAAUAAAGCCGACACUUGUUUGGAGGGGUGGGGGGUAGGGGAUAUACAUUUCACUGGCAGCCAUAUUGAAGGGAUACACAUAUCACUAGGGAUAUGUGUACGGGGAUACACAUAUCACGGGGAUACACAUAUCACUGUGACACCGUAACUCCGAAACUACCAGGCGUUGAUUAUGUUGCGAAAAACUGGGCACUAGCCAUGAUGUUAAAGGCUUUGCCAUUGGUUCAGUUCUGGAGCAUAUUGUUGUUGAAAGAGAAAAUGAUGACUCUGUUAGAAAAACAUUUUAAAAAAACGCUGGUCUGGUCAGCGCAAAAACCGAUCGAUCUCUGACGAAGUUUUCCCUGAAAAUAACCACAAAAUCGGCCUUUUUUGACCGACUGAUUUUCGGCUAAGUUUGCCCGAAAAUUCCUGCAAAAUCGGUCGAUUUUUCCGCGAAUUUGCCCCUAAAAAUCCCGCGAAACUUGACUUUUUUUAAGCGACCUAUCAGAAGCCCUGCAUAGUUUGGUGCGAUCCAUGAUCAGAUUUGAAAAUAUCGUGGACAGAAGUCGGUAUAAAUUUGGAGGUAAACUGGCUUUGUUUAUGCGAUUUGGCACAUUUUUUAUGAUGAAAGCAAAGUAGGAUAAGAUGAAAUUUUUGUUUUAACUUUAUUCUUUUAUUUUAAAUCUAAAUCAUAGAGAAAUCUGGUUGCCACUUUGGCGACUAAACUUGAAUUUUUAGUCGCCAAGGAGAAAAUGUUAGUCGCAUUGGCGACCGUAUCAGUCGCAAUUUCGAGCCCUGAGGUUAAGUGCUAUUUAGGGUUUAACACUUAUAAAUUUACAAUGGUUAGAAUGGUUAAGCUUUCUGUUAAUGUUUUUCAUAUUACUACUUUUUCUUUUUUUUUUUGGUAUUUUUUUUACAUGGCUCACUGGCCCACGCUGUGUCCUAACUCAUUAAUAGACCCUGUUAAUGCUUUAACUAUCACUUUUAAAAAUUUAGAAAAGCAACUACUAUGACUGGAUGCUAAUGACUCAUUUCUUCAACAGGUACAGACAACAUUGAUGGGUUUAAUGUAACAACAGAAAGGGACGCUUUUAAUAAAGCUACGAAAGGUGCGAGAAGGAAGUGGGCACAACAUGGAAGCAAAACAAGUUCCUACCACAAACAAAAACGACCCAAAAACUCUAUCGAUGUUGACCAAGUCAGUGCUGGCAAAUUACACUCAAAGAAUACUGAAAAUGUUACUGGAAAUACUGUCACAGGUGUGAGAUAUACUCCCUAUUUUGCUCCAAAUCAAAGGAAACAAGCCUAUUCAGGUCAGACAUUUGACCUUGAUGGUGCAAUAUUGAAUAAAGAGUGCGCAGAAGUGCAGUCUCCAACUAGAUUACUUCCUUUGCAAGCAAAUCACCAGUACGAAUGCAAUGUGCACUUUGCUAGGGCAACCAGGGAUGUAUCCUCUUCAACUAAGCUGUCAGGUUCAAUGAGUAAUCAGGGAAUGAAAAUCUCUAGUUCAUCAAAGUGGGCAAAAUUUAUGUCCAGUUCCUCGUCUGAAAACAAACCACUUGAAGACUCAGACACCAUAAAUAGCUCUACCGAGGAAACUUUGGUCCAAAAUGAAUACCUUCUUGUCGACACAGAGUUUCCUCUGGAGCAAUGUGAGGAAAUCAGUCAACCUCAAAACUGUGAGCGUAAUGGUGUAAGACCAGCAAGUUGCACCAUGAAUGAUAGAAAAGCCAGAUCUCAGCUGGUUGAAGAUUUGUUUAAAGUUAAUGAUGAUCUAGAUGAAGAGUGGUGGAAUUCACUUUAA